AAACUUUCAGUUUUCUUCGAAAGGUCCAAACGGUUCUACAGAGCAUAACACCAAUAACGUUCCUGUACCCUCAUACGUCGUGUGUCCAUCAGAGGUCUUACAGAAAACUACCAACUUCGAAUUGGAUGAGAGUCACAAACAAAACAACGGAUAUAAUCGCUUCGAAAAACAUAAAACUCGAAGUAAAACUCACGAAAUACUUAGAAGAUUUCCGAGUGCUCGAUAUAAUUUGACCCGGCAGUUUAAAACACUACGUAAGACGCUUUCAUUUCGUCGCAUUUGCCGGCGCCGUCUACGCUGUAUGUGGAAGAAGACCGCCAUGCGGUGGCCCAACUGGUCAAAAUCGUCUUUUAAGUUCAAAAAAUUUCGUAUGAGACGAUAUUUGCAACACUCAAUUAUAUGGGAAGACAUCGAGGUUCAAACUAUUCCAUUGCACUACAAAGAAAUAGGGACGGACAUGAGUAUGAUCCGAAAUAAAAAAUUGGCGGCCAUGACUACCUCUUUAAACUUUGGUCUAUUUAGCAACAAGAUGGAUUCAGGAAAAACCGAAUCUUCAGCAUACAACUUUAAAACUCCCUUCAAACAUAUAAAUCUAGGACCGUCUAGAUUUCCCUUCAUCUGUAAUUCCAAAAUUGAAUCCUUACCAUUACCAAAAAUGGAAAGAGCGUCUAAAUCUAUGCCAAAAUACAACACUUAUUCGAGCCGUCUCAAAAAAAUCGAAGACGUUGAUAUUAAACAAAAUAAAUGUAAUGAAAAUAAUAUGAAGACGACGGUAAUGCAGCUACCAAACAAAGACACUGUCGAUUUACUGACUCAAGAAAUCUGGAAGAAAAGUACCGUCCAUAGCUCCACGACAGAUUUGGAUACGCAUCGAAUCAGCACUAAUGUGUCACGAAAUGCUGAUACGCAGAUAUUUAUUGUACAAAAUAACGCAGAAACUGAAAUGAAAAUUGCAUCUAUAUCUAAAAGUGUUUCUAACGCGGAUAAGUGUAAUAGUGCUAUUAUUGCUAUAUGUAGACCUCGUGGAGUGAAUACAGACAGAACCGAAAUCAAAAACUCCCAGGCGGAAUCGGUACCUGAACGCGUAAAUUUAACUUGUACAGAUACAAAACUUGUAUCCAUAUCUUCUGCCAAAAUGGUGCCAGUGUGCGUCGCCGUGUCAAGAGAAAUUGGUGUAACAACAGACAACUACAGCGUAUCAAAUACAGAUCUAUCUCUAAGUCCUAUUAACGUAUCGAAGCCGAAAACUGUAGAACAAACACAAAAUACGGGAGCGAUCUUGAAUUGUACAUCAACAACAACAAACACAAAUAUAAUCAAAAAGCAAUCUAUUGGAUUUUCUACAUCCAACACGCCUACACGUAGUUUCAAUAUAAAGAGAUCAAAAAUAGAUGUCGGUAUUCAAUAUAGCCGUUUUCAAGAGUUUACAGAAAGCAAGUCAGUUGAAUUACAAACGCGGCCGAUGGUUAAAUCGACGUCCGUGUUAACAUCAUUGCGAUCAAUUGGCGAGACUCAAUACAAAGACCAAGUUGUCAUGUGUGAUAUAAGUGAUCACGUGUGUACACGGAUUGGUCGCGACAUUGAAACCAACACGCACUCACAUUACUUCCCGAGUGAACUUGAUGAUGAUCAGCCCAUUUCAAUGUCACAUACAACAGGAGUUAAUAAAUCAAGUGCAAAUAUAGAUCACAAUUACCAAACCAUAAACAACCAUCUAGUAACCUAUGUAAAUGCUGAGAAAUGGAUAAAAAGAUGUACAGGCAAUGAUGACUAUCAAUCAUUGCUCUAUAAUAAACAUUCUACGUUGAAAGCUCUAGAACAUAAUUUGCUAUCUGGAAACAAUUCUAUCAAAUCAAAUAAAUAUGCAAAAAGAUCACUGAAGACUGAUUCUUUGAAAUCAACCAAAAGAUCUUUGCCUAAACCAGAUGCAUUGCCAUCAACUCUUUCCAUUUUAUCAACUGAUAGUCUCGCUGACGUUUUUCCAUCAAAAGUUUAUGAGAAAACUGGAAUAAUAGUAACAAAUCCAAAACCCAUUAUAGUCGACAAAGUAACAUCAGAUGAUAAACCAGUGAGGAAUGUAAAAGAAUCAUUGCUCCAAACGUAUCCAGAUGUUCGUCAUGCAGCAAUAGAGUCAAAGGUGAACUAUCAGAAAUCAGCUAGCGUCUUAACAUCGAGAUAUUUGUUACCAUUUCCAAAAACAUGUCGCAAGAUUAAUACAGACAAUAAAUCUAUGGACUGCAUAUUCAUCUACGAUCGUCCACGUUGUUUGGUUUAUGAGCAAAGAUUGGAUCCUUCGGUACAGAAAUACUCACGUCAUGAUAAUGCAUGCAAAGCUUUAUAUGAGGACGCCAAUCUGAUAGUGAAAGAUCCAAAACAAAGAAGAAUUUGGGAUACUGGCAAAGGUUUCUAUAUAAGUGAUAUUGUGACAAGACAUCUAGCGCCAUCUAUCCAGCUAUGCUUAUACCAUCUCCCAACUUUCUCCAACAUAACUUGCAUGGAGGCAAGCACUAUGAAGCCAAGCGGACGAGAACUUGGCUGUCAGACAUAUAGAAAAAGAAUUCAUCGGCCGCUAUACUGUUGCGCUUUGACACCAAGUGUAACGAGCAUUCCUGGAAAUCACGAUAAGAACCAUUUAAAUUCGAUUUAUUGCAUGCUAACAGCUAUUGAAGGCAGGAUUCGGCGGCUGAAACUCAAUAUUACUAAUUAAUCUUAACAUCGCUAGAUGUCACUACUACUAUAUUUUAUGAAAUUAAAAUUCUCGUUGCAUUUUAAAAUACAUAAUAGUUUUUAGCUUUCCUUUUUUUAUUAUACAGUGAUGUUAAUUGUUUUAAUAAAUAUCUUGACCUUUUUUUU